CAGGAAGGUGCGUCAUCCCAAGCAAUACGCAUUACGAAGUGGAGACUUGAGCACUGGCACCCGGCCAACCACCGAAAAAUGGAGUAAUGCAGCCCCUGCCUCAGCUCAGGCACGGUUGUCAACAUUACCGUGUACCUUAACGACUUGACCGACCUUGACCAGCCUCCCAGCCACUUUAUAUCAUAUCGAUACUCGACCAAAGUGGACAAUCCGUACAGGACCAGCCUCAAUUGAGCGGCCCGUCCUUGCGCACGUCCAUAUUGCGAUAGUUACCUUAUUGAGGUCCCUGGCCAAGGCAAAUAUCGACGUCAAUCGAAUCUCAAAAAAAACAGCCACAAUCCCAACGGUCAAGCCCGCGAUUCGCGCAUGUGCACGACUUGUCGUCCCAUCUUGACAAACCUCCGCGACUGGAAUGCAAUGAACCUACGGCCACCCCGCCACCAGUAAAUGUCGGAUCAACGCGGUUCCUCGCGCCGCCACGGCGUCUGGACUCACUGGGUCCCGCUGGUGCUGACCGUCACCGUCGCCACCGUCGGCAUCGCCGCCUGGGCAUGGAGCCAGCGUAGCGACGACGACGACGAGGUCUCCAAUCGCCCCAACAACGGUGGCAGCAACAACAACCCAUCCUCAUAUCCUCAAAAGCAUCAACAAGGCGACCAGCACCUCGACUACGAGAACGCAGACUAUGGUGACAACCCACCCUACGGCGCCGCGAACCGCAGUGUCGACGUCAAGGCAGACGGUCACUCCGAGGGCGUGGGCGGUUGGGGCACCCGCAUGUCGGGCGCAUUGCGCCGCACCCCGAGCCCCCAGCAGUUCCUAGACAGCGCCGGCAAGACGGUUGCGGCUGGUGUCGCCGCCGCUGGUGCCGCCGUCGGGAGCGCUCUCGCCGCCAUCCGCGAAGAGGAUAAGAACGCCUACGCGGACCACGAGACAUGGUCAGAGGAGGCUGACGCCAAGAAGAAGGACAAGGGAUCUUCGUCGAAGCACGGUAGCAAGAAGCGCAAGACCGUCGCCAUAGUUGUGUCUGCGGAUAUGCAUAUGGAUGAUAUUGACGAGGAUGAUUUCCAUGAGCAUGCUUCUCUUCUAUCACACAUCCCCAAGACCGUCGACUUCUCCAAAAUCAAGCUUUUUGUUCUGAUCUAUGCCCCCGGCCUUAAGGAAGCCGGAGCUGACGCUUCCGGCAACCUUCCCCCAUCUCUGAGCUCGUCAUUUUCCAAUAUCAGCCACAACCAGGCUCAAUCACCAAAGGAAGAGAAGACGCCCUUACAAGCAGCGACGGCGUCCAGCCCAGCCUUCAACACAAUCUACAGCCAAGCCCUCGCCCUUGUAGAGAAGGAGACCAUGAUCCUCCCCUUCACGAGCUCGACCGGCCACAGCCACAUCCUGCGCCACCUCCAGCCCGACGUCGUGUACCUCCAAGAGUCCCUGUCGGGCGAGGAGGGCAUCGUCGUCUCACAGAUGCAGGCCUGGCUCAACAAGGAGAUCAUCCUCGUCGUCGGCGCCGACAGCGGCAGCGGCGGCCUGGCGGACAGCGAGUCCGAGGUGGAGCGCCCCAGCAAGGACGUUAAGAAGUGGUGGCAGCGCGAGGAGCGCGUCGGAAGGGGGAGGGGCGUCAUCGUCGUGGAUGGUAUGCGCGUUACGGACGAUUGGACCAGGAGGGUUCAGGGUAGGGAGUAGGGAAACGGAUGCAGGGAAACGGUAUGAUAGGGGGAAUUUUAAAUCAUGCGAUAAGAGGGGAUGGGGACAAGGGGUAACGCAGACUUGGAUUUUUUUGAGAAUUGUCUUGGAACUCCGGGGAAAUACACUUGCGCCGAAAACCCCUCGCUGUAGUGUAAUGUCUUUCGAUUUUAGGAGCCGUAUAUACCACGAUUUGAUCUUGAUUCAAAAUAUAACAAGAGCC